AUGCAUGCGGUUGGCUUCACGUUGAAACCUGCGCAAACGAUUCUUUUGACCUGCCUAACUACACUGCCUUUCCUUGCUCUGGAUGAUCCUUGCGUUCGCCGUGUCAACGCUGUCUAUUUCUCACCAAGGUUAUGUUCGGAUAUGGGACCCUGUGACGUGAAUUGUUCUUCAGCUCGUCCUGCUUUCCCGUUGGAUUGCCUGCUGUUGGAUGAGAAACUGUACGACUUGAUCAUCUUUCUUCGGAACUAUUCUUGGAUAUAUACCUUUCGUUGGGUGACCAGGGAACACGUCAGUGGAGGCCUACCUCAUUACGUUCACCCGUCGCUCGAGCAUCUACCCGAAUUAUGGGCCACCGCCUUGGCGCAGGCAUCCCUACAGGACUUGAAACUUUUGGUAUCCGGUUCUACCACGAAUCAUCUCUGGCCAGAGGAGCUUGCUGCGUUCGCCAAAUCCUGUGUACAGUACACCCUGUUUCUUGCGGAGGCCAUUCGAUUGCCACCGGAAUGUAUCCCUUCCACCAAUCACCAUCGUCUGCUCCUUAACUCAACGUCAAAAUGUGUCGACUUCAUUUCACAAUUGGAGGUGGACGAGAUGUGUGUGCGAAUGAACCCGAAAAAAUCGCACGAAGUACGAAGGAUGGUCAGUUUCUUGGACCAUGUGUUGUCGAUCACUGGUGACGUUGGGACGACGUCAAGGACAGUUCCUGAUAGGCUGAAAGAAGCCCCUCCAUACUUGAUUGGAGAUUCAGAUUUACUGAAUUGUGGAGCCUCCAAAAGAGUGCAGAUAUCUAAUGGUAGUGUUGCACCCGGAAUUCGGUUCCUUGUUGAUAUUGGCUCGGGUCUGGGCCACUUACCCAAUGCAGUGGCACUCAAGCUCCUCUCCAAAAUGACCAAGGAAUACAAUUCCGACCUUCGCGGCGUCGUUGCAGUCGAAUGUGAUACCAAGCUGCAUGACAAGGCAAUGUCACAGCUGAGUCAGCCUUCUGUCUCGAAUGACAAUGGAUUGUCUGGGCUUGUUCGGCGGCUCCUUUUUCGAGUUGAAUCGUCGAACGUGGACAGUUUUCAAUUGAGACUGCGUGAACACCUCAAUCGUUUCCCUGUGCUCCGUCACACGAACUUUGAAGAUUGUGAUACGAGUUACUUAAUUUCCGGACUUCACUGUUGUGGCGAUCUGAGUGAAGCGAUUGUUCGGCUUUUCAUCCAGGAUGCGUCAGCGCAGAUGUUGGUUCUAGUCGGAUGCUGUUACCACAAGAUGAGUCUUCGUCGUUUUCCUUGGAGUGAUGUUGUCCAGAGGCUGUUCAUCCAGUCCACUGUGACAGAGGAAUUCAAUACGGAAGCCACAUUCCGACUGGCCUGUCAAUGGUCUCCUACGACUUGGUUACAAUGGACUGCACAUGAUUCCAACGUGCAUCGUAUUCGUUUCCUAUAUCGAACAAUGUUCACUUGCGUCGUAUCACUUAUAGCACGAACACUACCCACCUCGGACAGUUGCUCUCGUCGCCAUUAUCGUUUCGAUCCAACCAAGGAUACUACUGAGCUUAGCUCCCUAUUGACGGGCACCGAAUUUGUGUCCUUCAAUCUUGUCUAUCCUGUUCUCGUGGAUCAGUUGCGCCGGAACUUGAAUUUGCCUUCAUUACCAGAAGAGUUUAGUGCAUUAUCUAAUUCUUUUGAGCGUUUGUGGACUUUAACUCCUGGCAUUCUGGCACUUCAGCAGAUAAUACAACCCUUAUUAGAAAUGUUUAUCCUUGCUGACCGUUUGUGGUACAUUCGUCAAUCGGUACCCCUCAAAUUCUCUGGUUUCAUACGCCUUUUUCGGUCCGACAUUUCACCAAGAUGCAUGGCACUGGUUGCCAGUAAAUAACUCCG